AUGUUGGCCCAGGGUCUCUUGUCCGCCGCCAUCGUCGUGGCCCACGCCCUCGUGGCCUCGGCCGCGCCCCCCAUGCCACACGAUCCCCGGACUGCGCCCAUCCUCCCCUCCCAGGACCCCUUUUACGCCGUGCCCGACUCCAUUUCCGCCGCCGCCCCCGGCGCCAUUCUGCGGCACCGCAAGCCGCCCUCCUCCAUCGCCGUCUUUGGCUUCGACUCUGUGAAUCUCGCCGAGACGGUCCAGAUACAGUACCGCACCGCCGACAACCUCGGCAACGCGACGGCCGCCGUGCUGACCGUGCUGGUGCCGCACCACGCCGACAUGAGCAAGGUGCUCUCGUACCAGGUCGCCGAGGACGCGGCGUCGGCCGACUGCGCGCCGUCGUACACCUUGCAGCGGGAGUCCAAGUCGGGCCCGCACCUUGGCACCCUGUUUGAGCAGGCUGAGAUUCUGCUCAUCGAGGCCGUGCUGGAGCAGGGCUGGGUCGUGGUGGUGCCGGAUUACGAGGGCCCCAACGCGCUGUACCUGGCGUGGCGGCUUGCGGGGCAGGCGACGCUCGACGGCAUCCGCGCGGCGCUGGCUUCCGAGGAGAUUACCGGGAUCAAGGCCGACGCGACGGUCGCCAUGUGGGGGUACUCGGCGGGCAGCAUGGCGACAGCGUGGGCGGCCGAGAUCCAGCCGCAGUACGCGCCGGAGCUGCGCAUCGCGGGGGCCGCGUUUGGCGGCACGACGCCCAACAUCACCAACGUGGUUGGCGCCACCAACAAGGGCCGCUUCGCAGGCCUGCUGCCGACCGGCAUCAUGGGGCUGUCCAAGCAGUACCCGGCGAUCGAGGCCAUGGUGGACCGGGAGCUCAAGCCCGAGUUUCGCGAGGUGGUUGAGCAGACCAAGCACCAGUGCCUGGUCGCGGACCUCGCCGUGUUUAGCGACCGGGACGUGACGGCCAUGUUUACCGAUCCGCGAUUCAUGUACAACGACCCCGACGCGGUCAAGGUGCUCGCCGAGAUUGACCUCGGGCAGGCGGUGCCCGAGAUACCCAUCUACUGGUACAAGUCGGUACACGACGAGGUGAGCCCCGUGGCGGACUCGGACGCCGUGUACGCAAAGUACUGCGCGGGCGGCGCGACGGUCGAGUACCUCCGCGACGAGGCGUCGGAGCAUGCGAGCGCCAUGGCGACGGGCGCGCCGCGCGCGGUGGCCUGGCUCAAGAACAUCAUGAACGGCGGGAAGCCGAAGCCGGGGUGCUCGAAAGAGACGACGCUUACAUCGUUGUGGGACCUGUCUACGAUUGAAGUCUUGCCGGGUUUCAUACUGGAUGCGCUGCUGGAUCUGGCGGGCAAGCCCGUCGGCCCUUGGCUGGCCUGA